AUGAACAGAGAGGAGCUGCCUCUAAAUGCAGUGGGGGACUAUGAGGGUCAGUCUGGUAAAAGGCUUUACUCCUUUGACAUGAACCACUAUGCCACUAAGAAGAGUGCAGCUCAGAGCAUGCUGGACGUUGCUCUGCUGAUGGCCAACUCGUCCCAGCUGAAGACCAUCCUGCAUGUGGGCCCAGAGUACCGCUUCUACGUCCCUCUCAUCGUUCUGCUCGCUCUGUCCAUCACGCUGCAGGUGGUGGUGGGACUGCUGCUCGUCUUUAUUGUGAAGUAUAAUCUGAAUGACGAACGGAAACGAACCAAGCUGGAGACGAUGAACAACAUGGCCACGGUGUUCGUCUUCUUCACGGUUCUCAUCAACAUCUUCAUCGCCGCGCUCGGGUUCCAGGGCCAGUCGAUGAGCGCACCUGUCAUCCCUUUAGAACCUCAGCUGCCUCCUUUGCCUGUUAACCUGACUAAAACCCGGGCCCUACAGGAAACUACGACCCCUCACGUUCUUAUUUAACAUUAUUUUUUGUUUUAAAUAUAUAUGCAAA